AUGCAGAACUUCCAACAAGCCUUGGAGGAUUGCAAGCUUACUGAUUUGGGAUUUUAUGGCCCAAAGUUUACUUGGAGAAACUGUAGGGAAUGGGAGAAUUUUAUAAAGGAAAGGCUUGAUAGGGGUGUGGCAAACCAAGCAUGGAGGGAUAUGUUUCCAACAGCCGAGGUGCAAGUGGAAAUUGCUAUAGGGUUUGACCAUUCCUCUAUUAUUUUACAUCCUACAAGUACGGCGAGAGAUAGGAGGUAUGGACAAAAAUUCCGGCAUGAGGCAAGUUGGACUCUUGAAGAGGAAUACCCAGUUGUGAUUAAGCAAAUAUGGGAACAACCAAGUUCGGGUGGCAGCCACUGGGACAAGUUGGGCGUGAAAUUAAUGGGUUGCAGGAGACCAUUAGUUCAAUGGCAAAAAAAUAAAAAGGACCCAAAAUUCUCGAAGCUUAAAUCCAAGCUCUUGGAGUUGCAAGGGAGGGAAGGGUUGGCUUUGUGUGAAGAGGAAAAACAUGUUCAAAAGGAGUUACAACUACUUUUGGACAAAGAUGACGUUAGAUGGAGGAAGCGGGCAAAGAAGGUGUGGCUAAAAAAUGGGGACCGGAAUACUAAAUACUAUCACGCAUGCCAGAGAAGGACAUGGAACCAUGCCUUAGACACCUUGGGAGUCUCGGGGGAGAUGAAUGCUGAAUUAUUGAAGGGGUUUACCAACGAAGAAGUAAGUGCGGCAAUUUUACAAAUGGCUCCUCUUAAAGCUCCGGGCCCGAAUGGAUUCACGACAUAA